UACAACACAAAAUCUUCAAAAGAAAACACAAUGGCUUCUAACACAAGUUUCCUCUUUGUCACCGUCACUCUUCUCCUCGUUCUCAACGUCUCCAGCAGAGCACUCCCGCCCGUGGCGGAUUCCACCAACAUAGCGGCUAGACUAACCGGAGGAGGACUGAUGCAGUGUUGGGAUGCACUCUACGAGCUGAAGUCAUGUACUAAUGAGAUCGUUCUCUUCUUUCUCAACGGUGAGACCAAACUCGGCUACGGUUGCUGCAACGCCGUUGAUGUCAUUACCACUGAUUGUUGGCCGGCGAUGCUUACUUCUCUUGGCUUUACACUGGAGGAAACCAAUGUCCUCCGUGGUUUCUGUCAAUCUCCGAACUCCGGCGGUUCUUCUCCAGCUCUUUCCCCUGUCAAACUUUGA